AGUCUAUUUGUUUUGAAUUUAUUUUCAGUAUGCAAAUCAUCUGUCAAUAUAUAGAUAUGAAUUCCUGUUGACUAUUUAUUAGUUUUCAAAAUCUAACAUCUCGAUUUGAAGAACUAUCAAUGAUGCUGCUAAGUAAUGUACACUAAACUUCUUAUGAUAAAAUUAAUGAACGAAGGAUGAAAAUUAAACGUAAGGACGUAGAAAGAAAAAAUUAUUUCUCACACUUGACUCGUGUUAUAUAAGGUUAUGGUACAUCUGACAGUUUCAAAGACGAAAUGGAAACGCCACUACAACGAUUGUGCAGAAAUAUAAAUACUCCUGAGGAUGCCACCCACAUAAAAGUUUUAUUGGACAAUGGUGCUAACUAUCUUCUAGCUGACAUGAAUGGCAUAACACCCGCCAUGUACAUUUGCAAUUCGAACGAUGAAACCCUGUUCGACCACUUCCUGAACAUCAUCCCCGACAUCAACAUGGCCUUGAACCCGGACAAAGACACCGCCCUUCACAUCACCGUACGGAGCGGCGUCAGAUGCAGAGUACUGAAAGUACUUAAAAGGCGACCCAACGUCAACCGACAGAACAAGGAGGGCGAUACUCCAGUGCACUUAGCCGUAUCCGUAACGCGUCACAGACUCCUGGAGGACCUCGUCGAGCACGGCGGCGACAUCAACGCCCAUUGCAAUUUCAAACUCACCCCCUUGCACCUAGUUGGCAAAACUGGCUGCACGGAUGUUCUCUUCUCCGUCCUCAAAUGCAACCCUAACCUCAACCAGCCAGACUUGAACGGACACACGCCACUGAUGUUCUUGCUCAAGUUUCACUACGGCCAAAUCCAUCUGAUAACGGCGUUGAUCGACCACGGCGCAGAUCCCACCAUCACCGACACCUUUGGAUACAACUGCUUGCAUUACAUAUCGUCCAGCAACAGGUACAGCUCCGAUGUGUUGGACGAAUUGACACGUCUUUUUAUCGAGUGCGGCACAGAUAUAGACUAUCAAUUCUCCAAUAGCCACAUGUCGGCCUUACACAUAGCUAUAAACCUUGGGUACCGGAUGAUGACUUACAUUCUGCUGAGGCAUGGGGCGAGUCUGGAGCAGACCAAUUUCUUAGACGACACGCCACUGGAUAAUGCCAUCUGCAGCCGCGACACUCGUGUGACUUCAGAAGUCUUGUCCUUCAUAGCUUUACGUGGAGAACCCUUGGAGAAGUUCCUAUGCAAGAAGUACGAUGACCUUGAGCCAUUGAUAUCUCUGUACGACAAGUACCUGAAAGAACUUGACAUUUUGAAACAAUUACACGUGGGCGAACAUGGUUUGACGCAGUAUGAUGUAUUGACUGCCCCUAUCAGAAAGAUUGUUAUUUACCUGAAUCAAGGUGUCAACUUGGAGUACUUCGACUGUUUGAACCUAAGCGAUUAUCCGUGCUUAUAUCGCCUUCAUAUGUCACAUAAGAUCAAGGAUGCGAAAAAGUAUAGGGUGGCUGUGAGGACAGUUGACUGCUUUCUUGAAGACGUUUUCUCAUUGCAUCCUGUGCCUUUGCCAAGUGAGGUUGUCCACCAGAUUACUCAUACCCUAGGAUUUUAUGAGGUACUUAGAUUGCACAGAGUGUUGUCUGUUCAAGCUGAUCAACAAAUGAAAAAAGAUUUAUCGAUAUUUGCUUCAGGAUGUUAACUAAUUUUAAUCGACAUAUAUACGGUUAAUUCGAACGACGUAUGCAUGGAUUAGAAUCCAUGUUUUCUUAUUUAUGAUAACAGAAUAUUUUUGACAAAAAAAUGACGAUUCAGACAAAAUUAAAUAGUAUCAACAAUGAUCAAUAUCAGAUCUGUAAGACUUUUGCUAGAUACUUCAUUUCAUACAGUAAUUUACAGUAAUGAUUUCAAUCAAUAAGUGAUCAAUUCACUUAACUUCUUGAUGGACUUUUGUCUUUAGUAUUUUUCAGAAAGGAUUGAGUAAAUAAUCUUUGCUGAGUGAUCUAUUGAUUUGUCUUCCAAAAUAAAUUUCGUGUAAAGUUUUUGUUUAGAUUAUAUGUUACUUUUCUGAUGAUGUGUAAAUAUUGUAUGCCUUUUCUAAUCUGAUUCCCAAAUUGUAAUAUAAGUGUUAAUUAUACUCUAGAAAAUGUGGAUCAGUGUAAAUAGAAAAUGAAUUUUUUCAAUAGAUUAAAUAUUGGAUUGUUAAAAAAUACUAGAACAAUUUGAUGGCGAAAUAUAUCGCUAAAAAGUAAAGAUCUGAUUUAUGGUUAAAAAAAAAAUGAAGAUUUUUCAAUUAUUUCAUUGCGGAAAAUCAAGCAUAAGAGAUAAUGGUUUAUUUAUGACAUCUGAGAUAUUUUCAAAAAUUAAUAAAAUAUUGCAAUACUUUCAAAAGAAAUCCUCUGAUUUUUUAAAUACAUGAUAUUUUACUUUUUCCUCCUAGGUACUUCUGUUAUAAUGUGUAAUCAAUAUUUUGGCCAUAAAACAAAUUCAAAUAUUUUUGAACUCAUGAGGCACAUGUUAGAAAUAUUAUAUGUUUAUAACUGUGAGUUGCUAAGUGUUUGUUAAUCCUUGAUUUUUUUAGUAAAUAGUGUAUUGUGUUGUAUCCAUUGGAAUAAGUUAUAUACAAAUAUAUCGAAUAUUUCGUAAAACUA